CCCGACCGCGUCGAAGUCGACAGGCCCCGCCGCUGAGGUGGCCUCCCUCGCCCGCGCUGCGGAAGCAGCGGUCCCCGCGCGGGGGGGGCAGCCCGCCGCGCCCCCGCAGGAGCUCGGGGCGCCGGCCGAGGCCGAGCUGCCGCCCGAGAGCAGCGCGGGCGAUGGCGAGCCAGCUGUGGCAGAGGAGCACCGCCAGUCGGGGGCCUCCAGUGGGGCUGCCGGCGCGCCCUCCGAGGGCCUGGCAGCACUCCCCUCGGCGGAUCCGAGGGCUGCGCAGGCUCGAGCAGAGGCGCUCGAGCAGGUCCGGGAGGCGGAGCUGGAGCUGGCAAUGCUGGCAGAGGAGCUCGAGCAGCUGGACGGCAUGCACAUGGCCAUGCUGACCCGCUGGGUGGAGGAGUCCACGGCUCUGGUCCACAGCAUCGGCGGGCGUGUCGUCGACAAGGCGCAGAAGUACUACGACUGCGAGGCGCUCCUGCGACAGGCAACCCGCGCGCGCGACGAGGCGCAGGCCUCCAGGAGCGACGCGGAGGGUGAGCACGAGAGGGCGCGCGCCAACCUGCAGGCCGCCGAGUCCGCCCUGGAGGCCUUCCUGCUCGGAGAGGGGGACCUGAGCGACGAGCAGUGGGCGAGGCUGGCGCCGCUGACGCCCGAGGCGGAGCACGAGGUCCUCCGCGAGGCGGGCGCCCACGGCGCGAAGCUCGCGAGGAUGCUGCGCGUGUCGAGCCUGAGCGACCGCGUGGCCCAGCUGCGCAGCGUCUUCCUUCGCGCGGAGGGGGCGCUGGACGCGGCCCAGCGCGAGGUGGACGAGGCGCGCCGGAGCUUCGAGGCCGAGGCGGCCCUGCACGCGCGCUGGGCGCGGAGCAGCAGCAGCAGCGUGGUCCUCGCCCGGCCGUUCUACCGGAGGCGGGAGGAGGCGUGGCCAUCCAGGCGCAGGCCGCGCUGGCGCGCCAGGCGGAGCGGCGCUACCACGACGCCCAGAGGCACCUGGCGUCGCUCGUGCGCGCCGGGGGCGGGCUGGAGCCGCGGGAGCCCGCGCGCGAGCUGCCCCCCCCACGCUUCGAGAUCGAGGGCGGCGGCCCCGCUGACACGAGUGGCGAACGCCCAGAUCUGGCUCCGACGGGGAGUCGGCCAGCGUGCGGCAAAAAAAACGAGGGUG